AUGUUGCCCAAGCGCAACAUUCCAAUAAUCAUCCGUGGCGUGGACUAUAAGGCAAUAAACGAGAACGUGGAAGAAGAGAAUCCAGCACAGGGAGAUUCCCAAGAGGUGGAUCCUGCUGCUGCAGUCUUCCAGAGCCCCCAGGGUGCAGAUGAGGGUACUGAGGUCCAAGACGAGAGCCCCCUGGUCCCUGCACCCUCAUCCCCUCUGCCACCCCCUCCCAACCCCAACGUCUGCCAUGAAUGUGGCAAAACCUUCAGCCACAAGUCUGCCUUGGUGAAACACCAGAAGAUCCACACCGGAGAGAAGCCCUAUGAGUGUGACGAAUGUGGGAAGAGCUUCAUUCAACGGUCAGACCUGACGAUACACCAGAGGACCCACACGGGGGAACGGCCGUACCGCUGCCCAGACUGCGGGAAGAGCUUCAGCGUGAGCUCCACUCUGCUGACCCACCAGCGGAUCCACGCGCCGGGGGGCGAGAAGCCCAACCGCUGCCCCGAGUGCGGGAAGUGUUUCAGCGACCCUGCCGCCCUGGAGCGCCACCGCAAGAGCCACGCCGGGGAAAAGCCCCACGAGUGCGUGGACUGCGGGAAAAGUUUUGCAUGGAGCUCCCAUCUCGAGAGACACCGGCGGAUCCACACGGGGGAGAAGCCAUAUAAGUGCCGCGAAUGCGGACGGGCGUUUGCGUGGAGCUCCCACCUGGACCGCCACAUGCGGACCCACUCCAUGUCGGCGCUGCCCGAGGAGGCGCCGCCCUCGAAGUGCGCCGACUGCGGCAAGCGGGUCAACCACGUGACGCACCCUCACCGCUUCAAGCACAAGGGCACCCAGACCCCUCUGGAGCACAAGGACGUGGAAGCUGCGGAGGAGAAGGAGACGGAGAAGGAGCAGCCUCAUCGGUGCGCCCUGUGUGGAAAGGGCUUCAGCCAGAGCUCUAACCUGCUCAAACACCAGCGCGUCCACACGGGCGAGAAGCCCUACCAGUGCUCGGAAUGUGGGCGGCGGUUUAGCUGGUGCUCCGCCCUCCUCAAGCACCAGCACACCCACAGCAAGGACAGGCCUUACCCCUGCCCGGACUGCACCCGGGGCUUCAGGGACCCGGCCUCCCUGGCCAAGCACCAGCUCAGCCACACCGGCGGCAGGCCCCACCAGUGCCCUGACUGCGGCAAGAGCUUUGGAUGGAGCUCCCACCUGGAGAGGCACCGGCGGAUCCACACUGGGGAGAAGCCCUACGCGUGCGGCGACUGUGGCCGGGGCUUCGCCGUGGGCUCCCACUUGGAGAGGCACCGGCGGAUCCACACCGGGGCCCGUCCCCAUGGCUGCGGGGAGUGCGGCAAGACCUUUGCCUUGGGGGCCACGCUGGCCGCGCAUCGACGGCUCCACAACGCCGAGGCCAAACCUCACCGGUGCCCGGAGUGCGGCAAAGGGUUCAGCUCCACAGCGGUGCUCGAGCGUCACCGGCGGCUGCAUCGCGGCGAGAAGCCCUACCAGUGCGACGUCUGUGGCAAGGGGUUUGCCUGGAGCUCGCACUUCGACCGCCACCGGCUCUCGCACACCGGAGAGAAGCCCUUUCCUUGCGCCCAUUGUGGGAAACGGUUUGGGCGCAGCUCCCAUCGCAACCGGCAUCAGCGUGCGCACGCCUUUGCCGAGGGCCAAAACCAGCCACAGAACCACCAAGAGGAUGCUUUACUGGCCGCGGUUGCCCCCAACUGGUGGGAGGGCGAAGGAGAACGGAGGCGUCCACUGGAGCAGCGGGACAUCUGGCCGGUCCCCCUGGAUCCAGCUGGCCCUUUUCAGUGGACGGCCAAAUCUCCUGGUGAUGCAUGGAGGACCAUAAGGCAGAAUGACCUUGGACAGGGGGGUGAGAGUCUGACGGACCCUGCCGAAAGCUGGACCCAGGCCCCUCCUCAAGUUCCCCCUGCUAAUUUCCCUUGAUAGAUAUUUGUGCAAAUCUCAUUCCUUCGUAAACGGUCCCUUCCAUUCUUUGGAAAUGCCUGAACGGACAGACACCCCUCUUUUUGCUUAGACAGUAAACCUAUCCUGGGACAGCAAUAAAGGGCAAGUUCCUUUUUCCCUCUGCCAGCAACCUCCUGAUCCCUAUCCAUGUAUUGCUGCUGUAGCAGCUUAAAAAGAUGGCGAUAUUCCCAUCAUGCCCUGGGGCCAAAAGACAUGUUGACCUCUUAUUCCACCCACA